UGUCUCCCAUCCUGCCGGGCCUGGCCCACAUCCCCAGCCACUCUUCUCCCUGUCAGGCUGACUGGCAGGAACCAGAGACUGCCUGUGGAGUCCGGUCAGCUCCCAUCUGAGGAAAUGGAGAUGAAGCAUCGGCCCAACCCCACAUUCCUCUCUGCAGCAGAGAUCUCCAGAUGCUUUGCCGAGGGCUGACGGACCCCUCCCAGGACAGGGGGGUUGCAGUCAGGACAGGCGCUCUCCUACACCGCCUCUACAUUUGGGAUGAAGGGCCUGGGGACCAGGUCAACGGGGAGGAACCUGGCCACCAUGCUCAGUCUCAAGCUGCCUCAACUUCUUCGAGUCCACCAGGUCCCCCGGGUGUUUUGGGAAGACAGCAUCUUGUCUGGCUACCGACGCCCCACAAGCUCGGCCUUAGACUGUGUCCUCAGCUCCUUCCAGAUGACCAAUGAGACGGUCAACAUCUGGACUCACUUCCUGCCCACCUGGUACUUUCUGUGGCGCCUCCUGGCGUUGGGCAGCCCGGGCUUCCGCGCAGAGCCGUACCACCUGCCCUUGCUGGUCUUCCUUCUGCCCGCCUGCCUCUACCCCUUCGCAUCCUGCUGCGCGCACACCUUCAGCUCCAUGUCGCCCCGUGCGCGCCACAUCUGCUACUUCCUGGACUACGGGGCGCUCAGCCUCUAUAGCCUGGGCUGCGCCUUCCCCUAUGCCGCCUACUCCAUGCCGACCUCCUGGCUGCACGGCCGCCUGCACCAGUUCUUCGUGCCCACUGCUGCGUUCAACUCUUUCCUGUGCACCGGUCUCUCCUGCUACUCGCGGUUCCCAGAGCUAGAAAGGCCCAGGUUCAGCAAGGCUCUGCGCACGGCCGCCUUUCUCUACCCCUUCCUGUUCGACAACCUCCCUCUGUUCUACAGGCUGCAGCUGUGCUGGGGCAGGGCCCACAGCUGUGGGCAAGAGGCACUGAGCGCCAGCCACGUCUACCACCUCCUCUGUGCUCUGCUCACGGGCUUCCUUUUUGCAGCCCGUCUGCCAGAGCGCCUGGCACCUGGCCGCUUCGACUAUAUUGGCCAUAGCCACCAGCUGUUCCAUAUCUGUGCAGUGCUGGGCACCCAUUUCCAGCUGGAGGCAGUGCUGGUUGAUAUGGGAUCCCGCAGAGCUUGGCUGGCCAUGCAAGAACCCAGCCUUGGUCUGGAGGCCACCAUGGCCACCUUGAGCCUGGCGGUGACUGGGAACCUGCUCAUCAUCGCUGCCUUCACAGCCUCUCUGCCUCGGAUCCCCGAAACCUGUCCCCUGCUGCAGGGUGACCCGCUAGAAGCGGGUCUCCAGGCUAAACAGGAGUGAGGCCCGUCUCCGGGGCUGUCAUGGAGGGAGGCAGAGGCCGGGCCUCAUUGCUGUGGAGGAGCCCUGACAGGGGCCUGAGAAGGCAGAGGCUGUUCUGAGCCUGAACGGAGUGGCUGAAGAGAAGUCGGGACUGACUCGUGGGAGAACAGGACCCAAGAGGCGAGCGAAGGCCAGGAAGUGGAGACGGGUGCCCAGGCCCGAGCAGAGCUGGCAGGGUGGACCCUCAUGUGGCCUCUGCCCUGAAAUCUGCUCACCUCAGGUCAUCCUGAGUGCUUGUGAGCCAUCCGGACCACAUACCGCCCUGCCAGAUGGUGGCCCUUGUCAGCAACUGUGUGUCCACACACCAGCUGCCUGUCUUGCUCACCACUGUGACCAGGCUUCGCUGCUUCAUGUGUUUGGAUGUCCCCGGUGAUAUAAUGGUUAUGGUGGAGUCGCUGAGGGGAGGGGGCUGCUGGACUUUAGAUGACACCUCCAGUGUUACCCAUAACAAAUAAACUGGACUGUAGCUUUCUGGGA